AUGGAGGAUAUAUACAAAAAUCCUAUUAGACAUAAAAUAAACAAAAUAUUUGAUAGCCACGUAAUAGCAGAUAAUUCUGAAGCCCUAUACACAAUUUCGGGAUUAUGUUCGUCGGAUUCUGCUUAUAUGCGAAGAACAAUUUUAAACGAAAUUGAAAAAAAGGACUUACUAGUUAAUAAAGCAAUUCUAACUGAGUAUGGAAAAGUAAAAGAUAAAUUGAAUGUAUUACUGAAGUCACUCAAAACUUUGGAUGUCUCCGUAAAGGAUAUGUCUAAUCGAUUAAAUGAGUCUAAAACAAAAACCCACCAUAUCAUUGCUCAAACAACUAAGCUUAAUGAUGAGCGGAAGAAAACACAAAAAAAGUUAAUGUGGGCAAAUGCAUUUGUAAACACAUUUAAAGUUUCGCCAGAACUGCAUCAACAUCUCUACAACACCUCAUCACUGUCGGUAAUGUUUUUAAAUUCUUUAUCUCACAUUGAGAAACUUCACGAAAACUGUAAAACACUUCUUAAGAAUUGGUACCAAACACCAGCAUUUGAUCUCAUGGAAAUAACGGGACUUCAACAAGAAGCAGCUAUUGAAAAGUUGUAUCACUGGACUAUUGGGGCAUGCCUAAUUGUGGACUCACCUAGUAACCAAUUUAUUCCUAAAGCAUUAGCAAAGUUUGAAAACAGACAAGUUUUAUUUGCAAAUAUAGUUGAUGAGUAUAGCAAUGCAAGAAAAGGUGUAGUAGUACAGUUGUUUAUAGAUAUAUUGACUAAAGGUAGUGAUGGUUCCAAGCCUAUUGAGUUUUACGCAAAUGAUCCUAAGAGAUAUAUUGGAGAUAUUUUGGCAUGGGUAUAUCAAAUAUUACCUGUGGAAAAAGAAUAUUUAUGCAUCUUAUUUAAACAUUGUUCUAUGGCUGAUAAGGAUAUAAAAGUAAUUGAAAGCCUCACUAACAUAAUGGAAGCUCUAUGCCCGUUGUUAAAAAUCAGAGCAGAACUUAUAUUAAAAACGGAUAAAGAGCCUUUAGUGCUUUGGUCUAUAACAAACCUUAUCUCCUUUUAUAAAGAUAGAGUUAAAAGUCAUAUAGGUAAAGGUCUCUUUAUUGAUACUUUUGAUGAGCUCCUAAAGAAGAGUGAGGAAAUUUUCCUUAUAACAUUGGAUAAUAAAAUACAAAGAGAGUUAAGUCAUGGUGUAAAAGCACCUCCAGAGGACUUAAAUCCGUCAAUAGUUGUUACAGAUUUAAUUGGCUUUUUGAGAAACUUGAUGAACAACACUAAUGAUAUAAAUAAUAUGCAAAAAAGGAUAAUUGUGACCCAUAUUUUAGAACCAUUGUUGCAUGCCAUAAAUGAAACUGCCUGUCACCUAAGCUCUACAGAUAUGUCAGUUUAUAUGUUAAAUUGUAUCUAUCACAUUCAAUGUACGCUUUCUUUGUACCCAAUAUUAGAUGAAUAUAAUGAGAGACUGCAAGCACAAUCGGAAGCACAGAUAGAUACUUUAACAUCAGAGCAAGCUAGCUUCCUUGUUGCUAAUUUAAUUAUGGGGCCUAUAUAUACAAUUCUUCAAGACAAAGUGAAUGGACCACUUUCAGCAAUUCCAGGCAUGGAUCCAGCUUCAUUAAAAUCAUUUUUAAAUAAGUUUGACAUGUUUCUAGUAAAUCCAGAUGUAUACAUUUUGCCACAAUUAAAUUUAUUAAUAAGUCACUCACAUAAAUCAUUAGUAAAAACACGCGCAUUUGAAGUUAUAUUGGCCAUUUACGAUCAACUGUACGCAGCUAUUACAGAUCCAAAGAAUGAAUAUGGAGAUGCUCAGGCAAUUGUUCGGCGGACACCAAGUGAAGUGAAAAAAUUAUUGACAUAA